AUGAGUGCUGCAAAGCUGUUCCUGGUCGCUGGCUUGCUUGCCAGUGGCUCAUAUGCCUCACCCAUCCAAGCAAGAACGCCUUAUGCGGUCAAGGAUUCGCAUUUUGUGCCUUCCAAGUGGAGACAGGUUGCUCCUGCUCCUUCGACUCACAACAUUGAUCUUCGUAUUGCCGUGAAGCAAAAUCAAUUUACCGACUUGGAGAGACAUCUCUACGAGGUCUCUGACCCCGACCAUUCACGUUACGGCCAACAUUUGAGCGAGCAUGAGGUCAAGAAGCUUGUACAGCCUACCGAGGAUUCAUUGGCCCUGGUCCACGAGUGGUUGGCUGACAAUGGCAUCGCAACCAGUGAUCUCUCAUACAGUGCCGCCAAGGACUGGAUCAAGGUUUCUCUGCCCGUACACCGCAUUGAGAGUCUGCUCGACACAAAGUACAGUGUCUACCGCCAUGAGGAUGGCUCAGAGACUGUCCGCACACCCGAGUGGUCUCUUCCUGUCCACCUUCACGAACACAUUGACACCAUUCAACCCACCAACUCAUUCUUCCGCAGCACGCCCAAGGCUGUAUCUCUUGAGGUCAACAAGGUCGGUGGCGCUUACUCCAAGGACGUCACGUACCACCAGGAUCCCAACGUCACUUCAAUUUGUACGCCCAAGGGUGUCACACCUUUGUGCAUGAGAACCUUGUACGAAACAAUCGACUACGUUCCCCAAUCUGCUGGCAAGAACAAGAUGGCCCUUGCCAACUACCUUGGUGAGACCAACAACCGUUCUGACGCCUACCUUUUCCUCGAUAAGUUCCGCCCUGAGGCCAAGCAAGCAGCCUAUACCUUCCAGUUCGACGUCAUCAACAAUGGCAGCACAUCGCAGGAGGUCGUACAGACGAACAUUGAUGUGGAAGGUGACCUCGAUGUUGAGACCAUGUUGGGAGUCGGCUGGCCCACUCCUUUGACUGCCUACGCUGUUGGUGGCUCUCCUCCUUUCAUUCCCUCUAACGGCACCACUACCGACACCAACGAGCCUUACCUUGACUGGCUCCAACAUGUUCUUUCACAGUCAGACGACACUCUGCCUCAGGUUGUCUCUACUUCCUAUGACGAUGAAGAGCAAACUGUUCCUCCUUCUUACGCCAAGCGUGUCUGCGAAGACCUAGCUCAACUCGGUGCUCGUGGUGUCUCCGUCUUCUACGCCUCAGGUGACAGCGGAGUCGGUAGCUCAGGCACCUGUAUCACCAACAACGGUAGCGGUGCCAAACGUUUCCUCCCUGAGUUCCCCUCUACAUGUCCCUACGUCACUUCCGUCGGUGCAACCAUGGACUUCAAUCCUGAAGUUGUCGCUUACCACUCUUCUGGCUUUGCAUCCGGCGGUGGCUUCUCUGAUCUUUUCCCUCGUCCUGCGUAUCAAGACAAGGCUGUCAAGGCAUACCUCAAAACUUUUGGUGAUAGGGACGCAGCAUACUUCAAUGCUAGCGGUAGAGCAUACCCCGAUAUCUCCGCUCAAGGAAGCUACUUCGCUACCGUUUGGAACGGCACUGAGACGCUUGUGUCAGGCACCUCGGCUUCGACACCCUUAAUUGCUGCUAUUAUUGCUCUUGUCAAUGACGCACUUAUCGCUGGCGGAAAGCCUACUCUGGGCUUCAUGAACCCUUGGUUGUAUAAGAAGGGGUACCGCGCUUUUACUGACAUUACUAGUGGUUCUGCUGUGGGAUGUGCUGAGAUUGGCGAUGGCAAAGGUUUCCCUGCUGUUGAAGGUUGGGAUCCUGUUUCUGGAUUUGGUACUCCCAAGUUCAGAGACAUAAUACAUUUGCUUGGUGUACAUGGAAAUUGGAAUCACACAGGCGGCUUCAGCUAG